CGCCCUCCCUCCACGCCAGCCCCGCGGCGCCCCGGGCCAGCAGCCCUCCCUCGCCUCCUGCUCUGUGGCCACUGUCCGUCCCGCGCCCGGUCCCCGUGUGCCCCGAGCUCCCCGGCGCCGCCAGCCUUCCACCUGAGCUCACCCUGAGGCGACGCCCUCCGCGAGCCGGCUCCCGCCUCCGCCCCCUCGGUCACUUCUUUCUUGUGACCCCUGCACAGUCUAGGCUGUUGGGGUCUGGGAGGAGAUGUUCAGGGUCUCUGGGGAGCACAGCCCUCCUCCACUCAACCACACCCAGCUUUAGACGGCUCUCCAAGCCGCAACUCUUCCGGACUUCAGUGAAGACGCCUUCCGACUGGUCUUUGCUGAGACCCCCUACCCAAGGUGGCCUCUGUAGGGACUGAGGUCCCUAUUGUCGCAUCUCUCAUGGCCAACCCUCUGCCAUUAGUUCUCUGCUUUGCUUUGGUGGUGGCACGGGUCUCGGGGUCCAGUAUGGCUCCACCUCCCGCAGGGACAAGCGAGCCCCCUGAUGUGCAAACAGUGGCACCCACGGAAGAUGACAUUUUGCAAAACGAGGCGGACAACCAGGAGAACGUUUUAUCUCAGUUGCUGGGAGACUACGACAAGGUCAAGGCUGUAUCGGAGGGCUCCGACUGUCGGUGCAAGUGUGUGGUGAGGCCACUGGGCCGAGAUGCCUGCCAGAGGAUCAAUGAGGGGGCUUCCAGGAACGAAGACUUCUACACUGUGGAAACCAUCACCUCGGGCUCUUCCUGUAAAUGCGCUUGUGUUGCUCCGCCGUCCGCCGUCAAUCCCUGCGAGGGAGACUUCCGGCUCCAGAAGCUGCGGGAGGCUGACAGCCGGGAUUUGAAGCUCUCCACAAUCAUAGACAUGCUGGAAGGGGCUUUCUACGGCCUGGAUCUCCUGAAGCUGCAUUCAGUCACCACUAAACUGGUGGGGCGAGUGGAUAAACUCGAGGAGGAAGUUUCCAAAAACCUCACCAAGGAAAAUGAGCAAAUCAAAGAGGACGUGGAAGAAAUUCGAGCAGAGAUGAGCAAGCGAAGCAAAGAGAACUGCUCCGAGACCGUCCUAGACGGCGUGCCGGACCUGCGCUCAGCCCUGCAGGGGGAUGCGGCAGCAGCCUACGCCCACCCAGAGUAUGAAGAGCGGUUUCUGCAGGAGGAAACUGUGUCCCAACAGAUCAACUCCAUCGAACUCCUGAGGACUCAGCCACUGGUCCCGCCUGCAAGGAUGAAGCCACAGCAGCCCAUGCAGAGGCAGGUGCACCUGAGAGGUCGGAUGGCCUCCAAGCCCACCGUCAUUAGGGGAAUCACCUACUAUAAAGCCAAGGUCUCUGAGGAGGAAAAUGACAUUGAAGAGCAGCAUGAUGAGCUUUUCAGCGGUGAUGGCGGAGUGGACCUGCUGAUUGAAGAUCAGCUCCUAAGACAUGAAGACCUACUGACCAGUGCCACCCGGAGGCCUGCCACCACUCGUCAUGGUCAUGGAGCUGCUGUAACGACCGAUGCGAGCGUUCAGGCCACCCCCUCAUCCCCAACACCUCCACAGGCCUCAGCGUCCAGCCUUGUUGACCCUGCUUCCAGGGCCUCAGACGCCCCGCUCUUGGCAACCCCACAGACUACCACAGUAUUUACAGAGCCCACAGGGACAAUACCUUCUACUGAAGUCCCACUUACCACCGUAGCCCACACAGCUAUUCAGCCACCUCCUGUCACCAUCGCUCCGGGAAUGGUUCCUGGGGACCCUUUCAUGGAAGAUCCACACUUGGUUCCAGAGUCGCCUGACUCAGUUGGGACAGACAUGCCAGCAGAAGAGGGGACUACGGGGCAGGAAGCCACCUCUGCUGACCCCAUCCUGAGCCCGGAAGAAGAAGAUGACAUCCGGAAUGUCAUAGGAAGGUGCAAGGACACCCUCUCCACCAUCACAGGGCCGACCACCCAGAACACGUACGGACGGAACGAAGGGGCCUGGAUGAAGGACCCCCUCGCCAAGGAUGACCGGAUUUAUGUAACCAACUACUACUAUGGCAACACGCUAGUAGAGUUCCGAAAUCUGGAGAACUUCAAACAAGGGCGCUGGAGCAAUUCCUACAAGCUUCCCUACAGCUGGAUCGGCACGGGUCACGUGGUGUACAGCGGCGCCUUCUACUACAACCGGGCCUUCACCCGAAACAUCAUCAAGUACGACCUGAAACAGCGCUACGUGGCCGCCUGGGCCAUGCUCCACGACGUGGCCCUCGAGGAAGCCACACCCUGGCGGUGGCAGGGCCACUCGGACGUGGACUUCGCGGUGGAUGAGAACGGCCUGUGGCUCAUCUACCCAGCGCUGGACGAGGAAGGCUUCAGCCAGGAGGUCAUCGUCCUGAGCAAGCUCAACGCCGUGGACCUGAGCACCCAGAAGGAGACGACGUGGCGCACAGGGCUCCGGAGGAAUUUCUACGGCAACUGCUUCGUCAUCUGCGGGGUGCUGUAUGCCGUGGACAGCUUCAACCAGAGGAACGCCAACAUCUCCUACGCCUUCGACACCCACACCAACACGCAGAUCGUCCCCAGACUGCUGUUUGAGAACGAAUAUUCCUACACCACCCAGAUAGACUACAACCCCAAGGACCGCCUCCUCUAUGCCUGGGACAACGGCCAUCAGGUCACCUACCACGUCAUCUUUGCCUACUGACACGCCUGACCCUCCCGCCCCAAAAGAGAAGCGCAGAGGGGGCCGCUAGCACCUUGUGUGUGUCUGUUGUGCAUGUCUGUGUGUGAGAGUGUGCAGGUGGGUGGGUGUCGUUUAAAAAUAUAUAUUGUUCUGUAUAAUAUUACAAAUGUAAAAUGACA